CUUUAGGAAUGCAGUGAAGCAAAAGUGAAAGUUUUCAAAAUUAUAAAUAGUAAAGUACAGAUACCCCCAAAAAACGACUGAAGUGGUACUUAAUAGCCUAUGUAUUCUUAACCACCAUCAGUAGCAUCACUACUCCACUACUGGGUUGUCAUUGUCAUCUGAACAGAAGACUAAUGUUCUCUUUCUCUCCUAGAGGGUGGAUGUGACUUCCUGUCUGUAGCCCAUGUGACUGAUGAUGACAGUAUGGAGUUUCUCCUUCACCAUGAGACAAGAGAAACUCACGUCAUAUUAAACAUCACUCAAUUCAGCAAAUAUGGCAUCACCAAGGAUAAGGAAGCUCCUGUCUCUCCUAUCCGUGCUCUGGUGCUACUAUUUUACAACCUCCCAGAUGAUAACAAUAAUUCCACACUAAGUGUGUUGUUGCUGCCCAGAAAUGUUGACAUUGAUGAGGUGUGUAAGACCAGGGGGACAAGGAAUGGAGACCGAGAAAUCUACAUUGAAAUAAAUCCUAACUGUAGAAUAACCCGGGACCAAGAAUACACCCUCUCCACUGAUCUAACAGAUGAACAUCACAUAGAUCCAGAGAAAGCAGAGUUUGUGGAUUAUGAUUCCUAUACAAACUACAUGCCAACAUUUCAGUUGCGUUUAAAAACUGUUGUUGAAGAAGUGAAUCUUCUUCUGAAAGAACAUGGCAGUCCUGAAAAUGAAAGUGUAUGGGACCGCCUUGUUUCACUACCAGUUACACCUCCAGAUGGCGCUAGAGCAGCAUCCAAACUGCAUGAACCUGCUGCUCCCCUUAUGGGCAUUUCCAUCCACCCCCCUCAACAGACGUCCACUCUGCCCACCACCUCAAUGAAGCUGGUAGCUGCUUCUGAGAGGGAACAGAAGCCAGCAGGGGCAGAGAGGGACAAACUCACCAGCACCUCUUCUGGAAUGUUGACCCGGUCUGGAGAGAAGCGUCGCCGUCUGGAAAGGCAGAGGAAGGGGCCUAAGUCUCUGGACAUCAGGAGAUCCUCCAUGUUGGAAGUUCUAGACCUGUUGCUGGCCACUCUGGAGGAGCUCACUGAAGAACAGCUGGAGACAUUUCAGUCUCACCUGACAACAUCCCAGCUGCCUGGCUUUCCUCCCAUCCCAGAGAGCCAGCUGGAGAACACUGACAGACAGGACACGGUGGAUCAGAUGGUGCAGAGAUACGACCAUGAGGGAGCUGUGGAGAUCACAGUGGAGAUCCUGAGGGAGAUGAAUCAGCAUGAUCUCGCUAAGAAGUUACAAAGAGAUCACAGAGGAAAGAAAAGGAAAAAAAUUACACAACCAGCUGGCGAUACAGCAGGGAGAAAACCAAAUGUUUCUUAUCUGCUGCUGGGCGCUCUGGCAGAGCUGGUUUCAGAACAGCUGGAGAGCUUUCAGUGGCACCUGAUUCACGGUGAGGGAUUUACUUCAAUCCCAGGGGGCCAGCUGGAGAACGCUAACAGACUGGUCACAGUGGAUAGGAUGGUGCAGCAAUACCACGAGGACGGUGCUGUGAAGAUCACACUGGAGAUCCUGAGGAAGAUGCGCCAGAACAAAAUGGCUGAUGAGUUAGAGAAGAAGUUCCCAAACAAUGUCUGAAUUGUAUACUGUUUGUCUACAACUGUAUACAGUACUGUUUGUCUACAACUCUGUACUGUAUGUCUACAACUGUAUAUGCAUUCACACAUUAAGUCUUCUCUGGAGUUGGGCUCAGGGAUGGAACAACUGUUGAACAUCUGUGGUUGUUUGUGGGGGAAGGGUGGAUAGUGUGUAUGACUGUGGGUGUGAGUAUCCUACAUAUGUUGCUAUGGGGUAAUGGUGUUAGGGAAGAUGUAGGAUGAAUCACAAUAAUGUUUUGCCAAAAUAAUAAUUGCUUGCUUAAAAAUGUGAUUUUUGUAAUGCCAGUUUUGGUUCUAGGUAACAAUCCUUUGUAUGAACUGCCUAGAUUAUUGCUCAUAACUAUUUGUUAAUUGUAGACAUAAUGCAUUUGCAAAUCAUGUCUUCUCUUGAGUUGGGCUCUGGGAUGGAGCAACUGUCUUCUCUUGAGUUGGGCUCUGGGAUGGAGCAACUGUCUUCUCUUGAGUUGGGCUCUGGGAUGGAGCAACUGUGGAAUAUCUUUGUGAGAGAAGGGUGGUGUAUGUAUCCCACAUCUGUUGCUAUGGUGUCAGGGACGAUAUAAGAGGAAUCACAAAAAUUGUUUCCAAAAUAAUAAUUGCUUACCAAAAAUAAAAAUAAAUGUGUAAUGCCUG